AUGGCAACUCUGAUUAUUCGCAAAAUCUCAAACAUUCUAGGUGGUAACUCUAACCACAGUGAUAUGGCGAUAGAUGAGUUGAUGAAGACGAAGGAUUGUUUCAGUAAGAUUCAUGUGAGAACAGCUCUUCUCCAUAUUGGACUGGUUGUUACAUGUAUCACAUAUAUUAUCUGUGGAGCUUAUGUUUUUCAAGUCGUUGAAAAACCGAUGGCUAUGAAAAUAAAAGAGAAAGCUCUGAGUCAAUAUGAGUCUCUUACUUCGCGUUUGCUUCACAACUUCACCUCUAGAAACCAGACGAAUGUUGAGAAAAUUAUGGAGGAAUACAUUGAGUCGUUGUUCUUUCUGUUCGAUAAACCCUAUUAUGCUCACAUUUUCGAAGCACAUUAUACUAACAGCAGUGUAGAGAGCGACUUAUGGACGUUUUCAGAUGCAGUACUUUUCACUACAACCACCGUCAUUCCUGUUGGUUAUGGAUUUAUUUGGCCUGCUACCCCUACAGGAAGGAUAUUAGUGAUCAUAUACGGCAUGGUGGGAAUACCUCUAGCACUUGUAACCAUGGCAGAUACCGGCAAGUUCUUGAGCCAGUUAGUGACAAACUGGUUUGAAGAGUCAAUAACCAUACCUACGGUGCUAUUCUUAUCAUUGCUGUUCUUCUACCCCAUACUAGGAGGACUAGUGUUCCACUAUUAUGCAGAUCUUUCAUUCUUGGAUGCAACUUACUUCUCACUCACUUCUAUUUUCACCAUAGGCUUCGGCGACAUAACGCCUAAAAUUAAUAUUAUUCACUUGGUCAUGUUCAUAGUUUUCGGAGUUAUUUUGGUUACCAUCACUAUAGACUUCGUUGCUGCAGAGAUGAUAGACCAUGUUCAUUACAUGGGAAGACAUGUGGGCAAAGCUAAAGAGCUUGCAGGCAAAAUGUUGCAAAUGGCACAGUCAAUUAACAUGAACAAAGGCAUUUCUGGUCUCACCGCAGGCAUGAAUCAACUGCAAGCUUUGGCCCGCAUGGGAUUACUAGGCAAAGUGGAUAAAGAGACACUCGAAACUGGCCAACCAGUGAGUGCAUUCGCUCCGGUACUCGAUGAUGUAGACUUUGUGGAUCGAGCUUCCAUAUACGCUAGUAGAUCAGAUAUAGACGCAUCUCCGCCUAAUGGGAGGAAUUUGUUUUUUUGA